AACAACAACAGACACAGAGAGACGGGCCUUUUUAGACGCUCCCCCUCACUUAAUCACACACUACCACUUUUCUCUGUGAGAGGCAAGCCAUUCAGCAUGUCGCGAGGCAGCUUUGUCUUCACAUCUAUGGCCUUACGCUCUCUUGAACUUGACGAGGACAUGCUGGAAAGACACAAGUACAAGAAGCAGGUGGCGUCCCAUCACUUCAAUAGCUAUAUGCUGAGGAAGACGAUCAGUGACAGGGCACCGCUGAGGUCCAGCACUGCCAUGCCUCCAGCUGUCUGCCAGGACGUGGUCGUCCAGAACGCUCUGUAUACGGGAGACCUGGAGGCCAUGCAGCACCUCUUUCCUAGAGGAUCCACAGUGAACCUCAUCAUCGAGCCGCAGGGAGGGGACAUGCGCUGGGUCGCCACAGGAGAAGGACUAUGGUCGCUGAGUUAUGAGCAGGAGCUGACCACACCGCUUCACAUCACAGCCGGCCGAGGCUUCACGGACUGCCUGAGACUCCUGCUGCAGCGUGGGGCCAGUGUGGACCUUGCACCUGGGGGCACCACUGCCCUGCAUGAGUCUUGUGAAAACUGCCAGCCAGAGUGUACCAAACUGCUGCUGAUCCAUGGCGCCAACGCCAAUGCUGUCACUGAAGACGGCCUCAUGCCUCUGCAUUUGUGCACGAGCCCCGAAUCCUUCGAAUGUGCCAAGCAUCUCCUUCAGUACGGUGCGGCAAUCAACGGUCGCACUCUGGAUGAAGACGAAACUCCCUUGCAUGUUGCAGGCAGACACGGCCUCCCAGACCACACUGAGCUCUACCUGCGCUACGGAGCUGCUCUGGACAAACAGAACAUCGAGGGUCUCACGCCCUUGAACACUGCUUGUUCACAACCCCAGGAGGUGCAGGACCUUGAACGUUACUUCAAGGUGUGCAAGAUGAUGCUGGAGGCAGGAGCCAACAUCCAAAUUAUGGACCAGGACAGACGCACCCCUUUGCACAUGGCCUGUAAGAAUGCCAAUCCAGACAUAGUGGAUCUGCUGCUGGCUAACGGUGCUUGUGUUAACGAAAUGGACUACGGGGGUGAAGCUCCAAUGCACAACAUCCUGAAGGUGGUGUGCUACAAGCGUUCCCAUCACCCCGAGAGAAUCGUCCGUGCUCUGCUCAACCACGGCUCUAUUCGGGUGUGGCCUGGAGCUCUGCCAGUGGUUCUGAAGCAUUGCUGUGAGUCUCCACACACCAUCGAGGUUCUGCUGAACGCCUACAGUCACCUCAAAGUCACAGACACCUGGGUUGAGGCGGUGCCACCGGAAGUGUUUAAGGAACACAAAGAGUUCUACCAGUCCAUCUUCUCUUUGGAGCGGACCCCUCGCUGCCUGCAGCACUUGGCACGCUGCAAACUCAGGAGCUUCCUGGAGGGCCGGGUGCACAAGGUGGUCCCUAAACUCAACCUGCCCAAUUUCAUCAAGAACUACCUGCUCCUGGAGUACAGAAACUACAUCCAUUAAAAACACUUUGUGUUGUGUUAGUGUGACUCCUGAUGAGGACAGAGUGCUGCUACAUGUGAAGCACGAAGCGGCUGCUCACUGGAUAAUAAGUCAGGAUCAUAAUUAAAACAGCUGCAUCGACUGUAGCACUUUACAGCAGCACACUUAAUAGUUUUAAAUACAUUUUGUGCCACACAUUUCAGGAUGAAGCAGCAGCUGCCUGUCACUUUUAUUCCAGUUAGUUUGGUUUUGUACCACAAGAGGGAGCUACAGACUAGAGCUGAUGAAAUAGAUAGCAGGUAUGCAAUUGUAUGUUUUAUAUAUUUUCUAUUAUUGAGAUUACAUUUUUUAAAACUCGUGCACUUGAUAGUUUAGGGGCUCAGAUGCUUGUGUUUUCAUACAUAAUGAUUAUCACGGUAGUUUGAUGUUAAUGCGCAAAGUGAUGGUGUGUUGUACAUUAAGGAUUGCCUUAAAAUAUUUGCAUAAAUAAUUAUUCCCAUCGGUG